AUGCACCUGCUGGUGCUGUGGAUCUUGGCUCCGGUGGUGCUGGCCGAGCUGCAGACCGUUUAUGAGUGGAAGUACCUGGAUUUUUUGUGGGAGUCCGAGGAGCACAGGAGGAACGCCGUCGACUCGGGCGAGUACAACUUCUCGAGGAUAGUGCCCUCGGACCUGGCGGUCGCUAAGGAUGGCCGAGUGUUCGUGUCUCACGUGGGCUACGCGGGUGUGCCGUCCCGCCUGAGCAUCGUGACGGGCCUAAAGUCCGAGAGCUCGGGCCCACUUUUAUCGCCGUAUCCAGACUGGUCGUGGCACGCUCGGGGCGAUUGCAGCGGCGUAACCAGCGUCUACGGUCUUGCCAUCGAUCAAUGCAACAGGUUGUGGGUUUUAGAUACGGGCAUCGUAGAGCAGAAUAGCUCGGCGAGAGCCUGCCAAGCCCAGCUGCUGGCGUUCGACCUCACGAGGGAUAAGCUCGCCAAGAGGAUCAAGAUACCGAAUCACAUUGCUCAGAAUGAUCAGGGUAUGACGCGGCUAGUCAAGCCGAUCGUCGAGACCAAGGGCCAGCAAUGUGACCACACGACCGUGUACAUGACGGACUCGGUGGGCCACGGGCUGGUCAUUUGGAACGGCAUCGGGUUGUUCCGGCUCGAGGGCGAGGUGUACAACCCCAUUGACUCGGCGCGCAACGUGACGAUCAACAACGCCAGCCUGAGCGUUGGUGGCGGGGUAGCCGACAUGUCCCUGUCGCCCAACAUAUUCCCGUACGAGCCCCGCUACCUGUUCUUCCGGCCCUUGGCCUCGUACGACCUCUACGCGGCCAACACGCGCGAGCUCACCCGCAGCCUGUACGGCUACCGCAUCAAGUACUUCGGGGCCCGGGACAUCCUGAGCAGCCAAGCCGUCGGCCAGGCCUUCUCCUCGGACGGCACGCUCUUCCUCGGUCUGACCACCGACACGGCCAUUGCGUGCUGGAACAGGUACCGGGAACUCGCCAAGGAGAACAUUGAGAUAGUGGCUCAGGACAAGGAGCGGCUACAGUACCCUAGUGGCGUGAAGAUCGUGCCAAAGACCAUAACAAAGUCGUCGGAGGAGCUGUGGGUAUUGACGAACCGAUUCCUGGCCUUCCAGCUUGGCACUCUGGACUUUGCCGACGUGAAUUUCCGCAUUAUGAAGAGCCCCGUGAAGGAUCUCGUCGAGGGCACGAGGUGCGAGCUGCCGGCGCAGCUGCAAGCCGCUCUGCGCCGGACGAAAGUCAGCAUGUACAAAUAUCCCAAGUGA